AUGAACGACGAAAGGAAACAAUGCGUUAUUAUGGCAACGGCGAUGAGCCAAGCUGAAAGAUAUGGAGAAAUGUUAUCUUAUAUGAAGCGAGCUGUCGAAAUAAAUCCAGUUUUAUCAAAUGAUGAACGCCAAAUUCUCGUUAAUGCAUAUAAAUUCACAAUUUCACCGAAAAGAAGAGGUAUUCGUAAUAUAUUCCGGUCUGAAAUGGACGAUAGUACUGCUAAUUUAUCAGAACAAACUCAAGCUGAAGUAAAAUCUAUCAAAAAGCAAAUCAUCACAGAAUUAGUAUCCUUAUGUGAAGAAUUCAUUGAUCUAAUUAACUCAAAAUUACUUCCUGUAAAUACUGACCCUGAUUCUAUUGUAUUCUACAAUAAAAAUAAGGGAGAUUAUUAUCGUUAUAUUUGCGAAGCUACAGAUGGUAACGAAAGAAUAGUUGCUACUAAGAGAGGUAUGGAAAGUUACGAAGUGGCACUUGAAAAAUCGAAAGUUGCUCUUCAGCAGUACACUCCAACCGCUCUUGGAUUGAUGCUCAAUUACACAGUUUUCUUAUAUGAAAUUUGUGAUAAGAAAGAUGUAGCUGUGAAGAUGGCAAGAGAGACAGUAAGUUUAGUUUCACCAAUUGUAGAACAAAAUAGUGCUAGUUCACUACCAGAAGCUAAAACUAUAUUGCAGCUUCUGAAUAACAAUAUUAGUCUUUGGCAGCAAGUCGAACAGAUUAGGAAAUAG